AUGGAGAGUAUGGAGAAGGAGGAAGAAGAAGAAGAGCAAGCACUAGUGUUAAGGACAACAAAAGUGGUGGAGUAUUUGGAGCCAUUCAUGUCACUUGAACUUCUAUGCAAGUUCCCAGAUAACUCUGCCUUUGACUUUGACUACUCUCAGAGCACAAUCUGGUCCCCUUUAGUUCCCAGACCCUACAGUCCCAUGGAUUUGGACCUCAUAACUCCAAAGAAGCUUUCCUAUGACAUGGGUUUUGGAGCAAAGUGCAGUGUCAAGAAGGUGGGUUCUAAGCUUAGGAAGAAGUUCACUGCCACUGCUUUAAAUCUCAACGUUGAUUCCAUCAGAAAACAUACCAAGAGCAAAAAUAAGAAGGUGGCUUCUGACUUCUCCCCCACACCUUUUAAAGGUGCAUGUAACCCCAUCUUCAGGAAGCAUUGGGCAAAAGCACUGAAAGCUGCCUCGAAACAGUUCAAGAGAUGGAAGGUGAAGAGAGACCCCAUUGCCCAUGUGAAGCUACCCAAGUCUAUCAAAGAUGGAGACUUUUAA